GUUUCCGCGCAGCUGACGCGACGGGAUUGGUUGCCGGGGCCCGGCUGCGCCUCGGCCCCGCCUUUCCGGUACGCGGGCGCGCGGUGGCGGGAAUUUCGCCUCUUCGCGGUUUAGACUCCACAGAUUCCUGGUUGUAGUUGGGGUCUCAGGAGGCAGAAUUCGGGGGCUGGAAGUGUGAGCAGGAAUCUCUUCCACCUUCUCUUUGGAGCCCUUAUGGAUACGACGAACUUCAAACAUUUCAGAACAUGAAGUAAACAAUGGAGAACUGUUUUGCUUCCCCGACGUUCCUGACUGACAGCUUAGAGCUGGAGCUGGGGACCGAGUGGUGCAAACCUCCUUGCUUUUCUUGUGCUGUUGACAACAGAGGAGGAGGAAAACAUUUUUCUGGAGAAUCCUACCUCUGCAGUGGAGCCCUUAAGCGAUUAAUUUUGAAUCUUGAUCCUUUACCAACUAAUUUUGAAGAAGAUACAUCGGAAAUAUUUGGCAUUCAGUGGGUUACUGAAACAGCAUUGGUGAAUUCAUCCAGAGAGCUCUUUCAUUUAUUCAGGCAACAACUAUACAAUUUGGAAACCUUGUUACAGUCCAGUUGUGAUUUUGGGAAGGUAUCAACUCUACACUGUGAAGCAGACAAUAUUAGACAGCAGUGUGUACUAUUUCUCCAUUAUGUUAAAGUUUUUAUCUUCAGGUAUCUGAAAGUACACAAUGCCAACAGUCAUGAUCCUGUCCAUCCUUAUGAGAUGUUGGAGGCUCAAAUUCCCUCAGUGUUGAUUGAUGAGCUUCAUGGAUUACUCUUAUAUAUUGGACAUCUUUCUGAACUUCCCAGUAUUAAUAUAGGAGCAUUUGUAAAUCAAAACCAGAUUAAGCUUUUUCCACCAUCAUGGCAUUUAUUACAUCUCCACUUGGAUAUACAUUGGCUGGUGCUAGAAAUUCUCUACAUGCUGGGUGAAAAAUUGAAACAAGUCGUAUAUGGUCAUCAGUUUAUGAAUCUGGCAAGUGACAAUUUAACCAAUGUUAGCCUAUUUGAAGAACAUUGUGAAACUCUCCUUUGUGAUUUAAUAAGCCUGUCACUCAACAGAUAUGACAAGGUUAGGCCCUCUGAAUCAUUAAUGAGUCACCAUUUUCCCUGUUCAUGCAUUAAAGAAUUAUGGAUUCUACUCAUUCAUCUUCUAGACCACAGAAGUAAAUGGUCUGUCUCAGAAUCAUUCUGGACCUGGUUGAAUAAACUACUUAAAACACUGUUUGAAAAAUCAAGUGACCGAAGAAGACCCUCUAUGCCUGUAAUCCAGUCCAGGGAUCCAUUAGGUUUUAGUUGGUGGAUUGUUACUCAUGUAGCAUCAUUUUACCAGUUUGAUCGCCAUGGAGUACUAGAUGAAAUGAGAAAAAUGGAAUCAAAUUGGAACUUUGUAGAAGAACUGCUAAAAAAGUCCAUCAGCGUUCAGGAUGUCAUUCUAGAAGAACAAUUACGAAUGUACCUUCACUGUUGUUUGACACUUUGUGAUUUCUGGGAGCCAAACAUUGCAAUUGUUACCAUUUUAUGGGAAUAUUAUAGUAAGAACCUGAAUAGUUCCUUCAGUAUUUCUUGGCUUCCUUUUAAAGGCCUCAGUAAUACCAUGAAGUCACCCUUGUCUAUGCUUGAAAUGGUCAAGACCUGCUGUUGCGAUAAACAAGAUCGGGACCUGUAUAAAUCCAGCAGUAGUUAUACUAUUUUUCUUUGCAUUCUGGCAAAAGUUGUUACAAAAGCAAUGAAGAAUAAUGGCCCCCAUCCUUGGAAACAAGUCAAAGGAAGAAUAUAUUCAAAAUUCCAUCAAAAAAGAAUGGAAGAACUAACUGAAGUUGGUCUACAGAACUUUUUUAGCCUUUUUCUACUGUUAGCAGCUGUUGCGGAAGUAGAAGAUGUAGCAAGUCAUGUUUUAGAUCUCCUGAAUUUCCUCAAACCUUCUUUUAUAACAUCUCAGAGAGCCCUCAUUUGGAAGGGUCACAUGGCCUUCCUCUUGAUGUAUGCCCAGAAAAAUCUGGACAUUGGUGUUUUGGCUGAGAAAUUUGCAUGUGCUUUCCGGGAGAAAGCAAAGGAAUUCUUGGUGUCUAAGAAUGAGGAAAUGAUACAGAGACAGACUGUGUGGACACUUCUUUCCAUAUACAUUGACGGUGUUCAAGAAGUGUUUGAGACCAGCUAUUGCUUGUAUCCUUCCCAUGAAAAACUGCUUAAUGAUGGAUUUAGUAUGCUUCUGCGAGCAUGCCAAGAGUCUGAACUUAGGACAGUAUUGAGCUUUCUACAGGCUGUUCUGGCCAGAAUCAGGAGUAUGCAUCAACAAUUGUGUCAGGAACUUCAAAGGGACAAUGUGGACCUAGUUGCACAGUCUUCAUUAUCAGCUAAAGAGCGCCACCUUGCUGCAGUUGCCAGUGCACUGUGGAGACAUUUCUUUUCAUUUUUGAAGAGUCAGAGAAUGUCACAGGUAGUGCCUUUCUCACAACUUGCGGAUGCAGCUGCAGACUUUACUUUGCUAGCAAUGGACAUGCCAAGCACAGCUCCAUCAGAUUUUCAGCCUCAGCCAGUUAUAUCAAUUAUUCAACUUUUUGGUUGGGAUGAUAUCAUCUGUCCUCAAGUUGUAGCAAGAUAUUUAAGCCAUUUCCUACAAAAUAGCACAUUGUGUGAAGCACUUUCUCAUUCAGGCAAUGUAUCUUUUCAAGCCUUAACUGUAAGAUCAUGGAUUCGUUGUGUUUUGCAAAUGUAUAUAAAAAACCUCUCUGGACCUGAUGAUUUGCUCAUAGAUAAAAAUCUUGAACAGGCAGUUGAAAAAGAGUACAUGGAACAGUUGGUUGAACUGACAAGGUUACUAUUUAAACUCUCAGAAAUAAAGAGUAUUUUCUCAAAGGCCCAAGUUGAAUAUUUAUCCAUCUCAGAAGACCCUAAAAAAGCACUCAUUCGAUUCUUUGAGGCUGUUGGCAUAACUUACGGGACUCUUCAGACACAUUCUGAUAAAUCUGCCAUGGUCACAAAGUCCUUGGAAUACCUUGGUGACAUACUAAAAUAUAUUAAGCCUUAUUUGGGAAAAAAAGUUCUCAGUGCAGGGCUACAGCUCACUUACAGAAUGAUGGGAAUUCUUGUGAAAUCAUGGGCACAAAUCUUUGCCACCUCUAAAGCCCAAAAAUUACUUUUCCGGAUCAUAGAUUGUUUACUGCUGCCACAUACAGUAUUACAGCAAGGGAAGGAACUGCCUGCACCUAUGUUUUCUGCAAUUCAGAAAAGUCUUCCUUUGUAUCUCCAGGGCAUGGUGUCUUGUCUGUCUCAAAAUCCAAAUGCCUAUUUGAAUCAAUUGCUAGGGAAUGUUAUUGAGCAGUAUAUUGGGCGAUUUCUUCCAGCUUCACCAUACGUUUCAGAUCUUGGACAACAUCCUGUUUUGUUGGCUUUGAGAAACACAGCCAUUGUUCCACCAAUAUCAUCUCUAAAGAAAUGCAUUGUACAAGUCAUAAGGAAAUCCUACCUUGAGUAUAAGGGGUCCUCACCUCCUCCUCGCUUAGCAUCCAUUCUGGCCUUCAUUCUCCAACUCUUCAAGGAAACUAACACAGAUGUUUGUGAAGUUGAAGUACUCCUCCCUGGCGUUUUAAAAUGCUUGGUGUUAGUCAAUGAACCACAAGUUAAAAGGCUGGCCACAGAGAACCUGCAAUACAUGGUAAAAGCCUGCCAAGUGGGGUCAGAAGAAGAACCUUCCGCCCAGCUGACUUCUGUGUUUAGGCAGUUUAUCCAGGAUUAUGAUACGAGAUACUAUUAUCAGGUUUACAGCAUUUUAGAAACAGUAGCAACAUUGGACCAACAGGUUGUCAUCCACUUGAUUUCUACCCUCACUCAAUCUCUGAAGGAUUCAGAGCAGAAAUGGGGCCUUGGCAGGAAUAUAGCACAAAGGGAAGCCUAUAGCAAACUUUUGUCUCACCUGGGACAGGUGGGACAAGAUGCAAUGCAGAGACUGGAAAAUGGUAAUACUUAAUAUAUUUUAUGAUUCAUCCUGUCUAUUGCUUAUCAGUAUCUACAGCCACAUUGUACCACUCCAAUUCCACCUUUAAUUAAUUGUAUAAUGUUCUGUUUAAAAUAAUUCUAGGAUUUUUUCCUUUUACAUCUGUAAGUAAAAAGGAUAUAAAUAAGAAACUAAAGGUUAAUUAGCAACUGUGUAAUAGGAUUCUUGGAACUUUGCAAAAGUGCAUUCUACCUUAAUGAGAUUUUAGUUAAACUAAAUUAAAGAAACUUUUUCU